UUCUUCCUGUCUGUCUCCGACAAAUUCCAUGGAUCCAAAGAAGACCCAGAUCCCUCUCCUCCGUCUGCUUCUUCUCCUUCUCUGUAAUCUCACAUUUCUGUUGUCUGGAAGGGUAUCCGGCAUCAGAUUUCCCGAUCCGAAUUCUCGUUUCUCCGGUGACAUCUCCACCCACCCUCUGAAGACAGCGUUUUUCGCCCUUGGUAGCUUCUGGAGAUCUGAAGCCAUUUUUGGUUGCUUGGACGGUGUCGUUCGGACAUCCGUCGGUUAUGCUGGCGGUUCCAAAAUUAAUCCCGAGUAUCGAAAUUUGCGUGAUCAUGCCGAAACUGUACAGGUUGAAUAUGAUCCUAGAUUGAUUAGUUUCAGGCAACUAUUAGAUGUAUUUUGGUCAAGUCACGAUUCGAGACAAGUAUUCGGACAAGGUCCUGAUGUUGGAAACCAGUACAGGUCCAUUAUAUUCACAAAUGGGACUGAAGAGUUUAGGUUGGCUGCAAUUAGCAAAGAACGAGAACAAACCAAGUCAAAGCAAAACAUUGUAACUACUCAAAUUCAACAAAUUGGAACAUUUUAUCCUGCUGAAUCUGAACACCAGAAAUUUGAGCUGAGAAGACACCCAUUCCUGUUUCAACUGUUGGGGAAUUUACAAGAGGAGGAGUUACUGAUGUCCACUCUUGCAGCCAAGCUUAGUAGCUAUGCAGCAGGUCUUUGUCCUGCGAGAAUUCAAAGAAAGUUUGAUUCUAAGAUCACUGAAAUCAAUGAUAAAGGGUGGCCUCUUUUAAGGAACAUUUGAUUUGGAUUUAGAACAGGUAUACAAAUCAUCAAUCUAUAUAUUGUAACAGACACACAAAUAGGAUCUAUCUGCUUGUUCCACACACAAAGGUUCUCAGAGAGGAGGAGAGGUGGUACACCAAGGGUGGCCUGUCUUGUUUUGUCUUUGGUCUGUGUGCAGAUUUCCUAAGCUUUUUCCAUUGUAAAAACCCUUUAAUUUUAUGUAAUUGAACUAAUUCAUAUUCUUA